GUGAGCAAAACAUUGUCGAUUUUUUUCAGAAUAAAGUGAAUUUUAAGAGUUCUUUAAUUAUUCACUAUCGGAAGGACUAUCUAAUAAUUUAAAAACUAUUUGUGUAGUCUUAAGAUCACGUUGCUCUAGAGUGAACAGUUUUUGUACCCGAGAAAUCCAGUUAACUACGCAAUUUAUGUGUUAACAUUUGCAUUCAGAAUUUUUCAACUAAAUUAUAAUCGAUAUGAUUAAUUAAUUUAAUAAUUCGCCACAAUACGAAAGAAAAGUGCUCUUAGCAACAACAUUAAAGGACUAUACACGCAUGCUGAAAUUGUUUUUUAAAAAGGAGCAUAAUAACUAGCAACAAAAUAUAAAUAAAGAUUGCGAGCAGUUAAGGUUGGCUGUUUUUUAUCAACAACGCUUCAAACUGCUUGCGAUGAAAAGUAUGAAUCCAGCAAUGGAAAAAGUAUCACAACAUGCAAUGGAUAAAGCAACAAAAGCCAAAGUGACGCUGGAAAAUUACUACAGUAAUCUUAUAGCGCAACAUGGUGAACGAAAGCAAAGAUUAGCGAAGCUUGAAGCAUCGUUAAAGGACGAAGCACUAACAGAGUCGCAACGUCAAGAAAAGCGAGCUCAACAUGCACAAAAAGAAACAGAGUUUCUCAGAUUAAAACGAUCACGUCUGGGUGUAGAAGAUUUUGAAGCCUUGAAAGUUAUCGGACGUGGAGCAUUUGGGGAAGUUCGUCUUGUUCAAAAGAAAGAUACUGGGCAUGUUUAUGCGAUGAAAGUUCUUAGAAAAGCUGAUAUGCUUGAAAAAGAACAAGUGGCACAUGUGAGAGCAGAGCGUGACGUUCUCGUUGAAGCUGAUCAUCAGUGGGUCGUAAAAAUGUAUUACAGCUUUCAAGAUCACGUUAAUUUAUAUCUUAUAAUGGAAUUUCUGGCUGGUGGUGACAUGAUGACACUUCUAAUGAAAAAAGAUACGCUUUCUGAAGAGUGCACACAAUUCUACAUAAUGGAGACAGCACUUGCGAUUGAUUCAAUUCAUCGUCUUGGAUUUAUUCACAGGGAUAUAAAGCCUGAUAAUCUCCUAUUAGAUGCACGAGGACAUUUAAAACUUUCAGAUUUUGGCUUAUGUACGGGAUUAAAAAAAUCUCAUCGAACAGAUUUCUAUCGUGACUUAUCACAAGCAAAACCUUCAGAUUUCAUUGGAACAUGUGCAAGUCCAAUGGAUUCAAAGCGAAGAGCUGAGAGUUGGAAGAGAAAUCGACGUGCACUUGCUUAUAGUACAGUUGGAACGCCUGAUUAUAUAGCACCAGAAGUGUUUCUUCAAACCGGCUACGGACCAGCAUGUGACUGGUGGAGUUUAGGUGUCAUCAUGUAUGAGAUGUUGAUGGGGUAUCCGCCUUUUUGUUCAGAUAAUCCUCAAGACACAUAUCGAAAAGUGAUGAAUUGGCGUGAGACGCUUAUCUUUCCUCCCGAAACACCAAUAUCAGAGGAAGCUCGUGAAACAAUUGUGAGAUUUUGUUGUGAAUCUGAUCGUCGUCUAGGCUCACAAAAAGGUAUCGAAGAAGUAAAAAGUGUCUCAUUCUUCCGAGGUGUUGACUGGGAACAUAUCAGAGAACGUCCUGCUGCUAUUCCAGUUGAAGUUCGAUCUAUUGAUGAUACAUCGAACUUUGAUGAGUUUCCUGAUGUUGCCCUUGAAAUUCCAUCUGCACCGAGUCCGACACAGGAUGGUGAAGUGCUCAAGGACUGGGUGUUUAUCAACUACACAUUCAAGCGCUUUGAAGGUUUAACACAGCGCGGAACACCCACGAAAAAUAAGUAAAGUACUCAAAGUACAAUCAUUGAAUAGAAAAUUAUUUUGUUAUCUUUUUUUUCUCUUUGUUCCGCCCACGCAAUCCGUAUGUAUGUUUUUCUAAAAAAUAUUGUUUUAUGUUUAAUCAAAGACUAUCUUUCAUCAAUUUUAAGUGAUCUUUUCCACCUUUCUUCUCUUUUUUUCUUCCUAAAAAAUUAAAAAUUAAUUUUUCUCGUGAUCUUUGUUAGAACUUUCAUUUUCUUUAGUAAUUUGGAAAUAAUUUUCAAUUGACGAAAGCAUAAAAGAUCACAGAUCAAAUAAAAUUUUUAGCCUAUGGAUAAUUUCAAUUAUUGAAAAAAAAUUAUUUGUUUCUUUGGCAUCUGUUCAAUGUUUAAAUUUUUAUGUUUCGCUUUAGUUUUAAUUUUUUUAUGUGAAUGAAAAUUUAGGGAAAUUCUUUUAGAUAUUUUAAGCUUUGAUUACUUCCGAAUGUGAUUUUUAUUUUCAAUUUUGUUG